AUGCAGCACCGUUUUCAGUCCGGAGCGGAAUUUAUGUUACGCAGCCUCGACCCAAACGAGCUCGUAACGAUGCGAAACGUCAACAAGCUGCACGAGGCACCGUGGCGGUAAAUCGACAUUGCUCUGAGUUUGGUGUAGCUGCUGUGUCGCCUUGUGGUUUCCAGUCCGUCGGUUUACGUCCGCAGAGCAGGCAUGGCCAGCAGCGGUGGCGGUGCCGCAGACAUGGAUCCAGAUGUUGCUCGCAGGCUGUUUGAGGAGGGAGCUUUCCUGGUGCUGCUCGGUGUUCCUCAGGGCACAGAGCUGGGCAUUGACUGCAAGAGUUGGCAGGUCGGUCCCCGCUUCAAGGGUGUGAAGAUGAUCCCCCCGGGUCUGCACUUCCUCCACUACUGCUCGGUCAACAAGCCCAGCUGUGGAGGAGAAAUUGGCCCCAAGACCGGGCUCUUCAUCACCCUCAAACCCAAAGAGAUCCUGUUGGCCAACUGGGAUCCCAAAGAAGAGGAUCUGGACUUCUCCGCCUCCCAGAAUGAAGAGGAGGUGAGCCGGAUCAGGGCAAAUUUACGAGAUCUGGAUGCUUUCCUUGGGCCCUAUCCGUAUGAGGUGAUGAGGAAGUGGGUGUCCCUCACUGACCGCCUGAGCGAGGAGGUGGCGAACAACCUGCAGCCUCUGUCAGGCCGCAUCUGCGCCUUCAGUGACGUCAUCCCCGAGCUCCAGCUGAAGCACACCAAAGACAGGGCAGAGCAGCCGAGGAAUGACACAGCCUGUCAGAGCAUGAAAGAGGGACUCGCCAGGCUCCCCAGGAUGAAGCUGAGGGAGGGGACUGAGCUGCGCUUCUCUGUUAUCCCUAAGAAGACCUACCCUCCUGGAGCCACACCGGCCGAGAUCACCCAGUGCAGUCUGGACUUCAGCUACGCCCUGGAGACUGUGCUGGCGAAGAACCAUGAGCUGCAGCCUCUCAACCUGCUGGGUGAGCUGCAGUUUGCCUUUGUGUGUUUCCUGAUUGGAAAUGUAUACGAGGGCUUCGAGCACUGGAAAUGUCUCCUGGCACUGCUGUGUCGAUCAGAGGAGGCGAUGCGAACGCGCAAGGAGCUCUACCUGGGGCUCAUCGCCGUGCUUUACCACCAGCUAGGAGAAAUCCCGCCCGACUUCUUCGUGGACAUCGUGUCUCAGAACAACUUCCUCACCACCACGCUGCAGGACUUCUUCCAGUUUGCCAGCGGGCCUGGUGUCGACAGCACACUACGUAAGAGAGCAGAGAAGUUCAAAGCUCAUCUCACCAAGAAGUUUCGCUGGGAUUUUGAUGCAGACUUGGACGACUGUGCACCUGUGGUGGUGGAGCUGCCCGAAGGUGUUACAGUGGACUGAGACCUCUACUAUGACUCCGUAAGCAGGGAAAUGGACAGAAAUUAAUCUGACGCUGAAGGAGAGUGAAGUAUAGUAUUUAACAUCAGCUCCAAAUGUUCUCAGAAGGCUUGAAGAAAUGUAAAAACACUGAGCACUGCAGUACCACAGUCCUCCAAACGACCACACACUCUUCCUUCUAGCAACACUAGUAGUUAACACUCGUCGCAUGUGGGUUGAACAACAUCUUCUUACAUAUGUACACGGUUUGUACACUGUUAUGAAAACGGCAAACACAUUAUUAAAUCUACUUGAGCGUUCAGUCAUGGUAGAGCUGUGUUAUACUAAAUGUCAGUGGUGCCCUCUGGUGGUGGUGUUCUCCAGGUUCGGCGAGCAAGUUUGCAUUGCUUGACAGAUUUAGAAACCACAUUUCAACACAUUUGUUGCCAAAAUCAGCCCCCCUUAUAUUUUAAACCUCGCUGUAGUUGGUGAGUUUAUUAAUGGCCAUGCUUAAGGACUAACCUUAAUGUCACCAAACUGUAUGAGAAUUAAAGAUGUACAGAUUUUUCUAGAAGAAAACAUAAAGUAUAGUUUUGUGUGACUGUAGUGUUUCUGUACCUCAUAUAUUACCAAAUAAAUAAUACUUUUUAAAAAGAA